AUGACUGAACUGGGAGGGAUCACAUCUAUUUCUGCGAUCCAUCUCCUUCCACGAAUGAGCUUAUUGAAGAAAAAGUUGGAAUCUUGGAUUUGGGUUUAUAUCGGUUUGUACAUAGGCUUUAUAGAAGGGGCUCUGAUUGAGCUUUUUGAGAUCCAAUUUGAGCCUCAGGCGACCCAUGCCGACGAGGUGUUUCUCGGCCUCCGAGAAGAAGAUCGCGUAUUGGGUUGCCUGAUCCAAGCCUUCCAUUUCCGGUAUCGUCGCUGGUCAGUUCAUCUGAAGUCAGUUCAUUCUUCCACCGUCGCCCCUUCCGAAGCUCUGGUCGCCGUGUCUUCUUCCGUCGGUCAGAUCCAACUCCUUCCGUGUUAUAUGUAUGGGAUUUUGAUCGUUGGUUGUAGCCAAAUUGGCAUAAUGAAUAAAAAAAAUGGCAAAGCUUCAUGGGAUAUAAGAGCCACAAAGGUCUUUAUUGACCUGUGUAUUGAAGAAGUUGAAAAGGGGGGAAGAAGAGGAACUAGCUUGACAAAGCCUGCUUGGACAAGUAUUGAGGAGAACUUUACUGCAAAGACUGGGAGAGUUUAUACGAGAAUCCAAUUAAAGAACAAAUAUGAUACCUUGCGAAAGGAGUGGCAGUUAUGGGAUAGGCUGCUCCGUGAGACAGGUUUAGGGUGGGAUGCCGAAAGGAAUACUGUUAGUGCCCCUGAUGAUUGGUGGGAGAAGAAAAUAGUGGAAGUUCCAGGCUAUGAGAAAUUUAGAGAAAGAGGGCUUCAAUUUCGGGCUGAAUUGACUCAACUCUUUGGGUCUGUAGCUGCGACUGGACCACAGUCAUGGGCACCUUCUUCCAUGACACUUCCAAGCGAAGGAGUUCCUGAAAAUGAUAUGGAAGAAGGAUCUGGAGAUAGUGAUGAAAUUUUAGGGGCACCAACUGGCAUAAGCGGGGAGUUUAAUUCAGUCACAUUCAAUGACAAUAGUGGAGGAAGUAGAGGCAACACUGGAAUGAGACAGGAAACCAUUCGUGGGGGUAGAAGCACAGGUGGCAGUCGACCUAGUAGCUCAUUAGGAGUUAGAAAAAAAGGGUGA